GGUCUGUUGUCAGCAAUAUCAAAUAUAAAUGAAUUAUAUCCAUCUAUUUAUUUCAUGUACGUGUACAUGUAUUAAUUCUAUUUUCACAGACCCCGGGCUUGCUUAGCUGUGCUCAGGUUGCUGGUAUUUGGACAAUCCUGUAUGGAGACCACUGGACAAGAUUUCUAACCUAGGUGUGCUUUGUGUGGGGAGCUCUCACAUGUGCUACAAUGGCCACAAACUCUGACAACCCUCCCCUAAAUAUACUGUGUCUCCAUGGCUACAGACAAAACAGUCAGACUUUCCGAGAGAAAACUGGGGCAUUCAGGAAGAUAAUAAAAAACAAGGCUAAAUUAGUUUUCAUCACUGCCCCAAAUAUUGUGCCGCCAUUGGAGAGCGAAGAGGGUGCUGCUGAUACACCGAUUUCAUCAGAUCAAAGGGGUUGGUGGUUUUCUCGCCCAGACGAUUAUUUCCGAGCACAGGACAUUACUGACUGUGACAAAGGCUUCCGUGAAUCUGUGGAUGUGGUGUGCAAGUGCUUCAAAGAGGAAGGUCCAUUUGACGGAGUACUAGGGUUCAGUCAGGGAGCUUCCUUCCUCUCUCUCCUCUGUGCUAUAAAGGAGCAGGAUACAGAUUCCCCUAUUCAGUUUGAUUUUGCCAUCGUGGUUGCUGGUUUCAAGAGUCGGUCCAGUGAUCACCAGGAUUUGUAUCGUAACAAAGUCAGCUGCCCCAGUCUGCACGUUUAUGGGGAGACGGAUGGGGUUAUUCCCAAAGACAUGAGUGAAGAACUCGCUAAUGACCAGUUUAUUGAACCAACCAUUCUUCAGCAUCCUGGGGGUCAUUUUAUACCAGCAUCUAGCGCCCAGAAGAAGGUGUACCUGGACUUCUUAAACAAGAUGAUGCAGAUGAAAAACAGCCUCUAACAGAAGGCUGGAGUGUUUUAAUGAGGAUACUGCAGUCUCUGAAGUGUUUGGCUGUGAGUGACUGAUUGAAAUCUUGGCAGUAUUCCUCGAGAAUAAAGAUUUACAUGAUCUCAAGCCAGUGGAUUGAUAGAGUGAGACUUCUUGAUCGACAUCAGAGAUCUGUAUUUAGUCUUCAGAAAAAGAUUUACAAGAUCCAAAUGUUGAACGUAUUUCGUUGAACGAGCUCUGGGUGUGUUGUAGGGGAUUCAGAACUUUGUGACGAUACUACAUUGUGCAUUUCAAUACUGUUAUAAUACCCAAAAUUUCAUUGUUGAAUGCCAUUAGUUUGAUUACAGUACUGUGAUUGUGAUCAAAUUGGGGUUCUAUUUG